GAUGAUCAGAGAGAGAUCGCAGGGUGAGCAGAAAGCGAAAAAGAGGGAGGUAGAAACUAAAGACUAGAGAGUGUACUAGAGAGCCUGGCAACGUUACGCUGUGAUUCAUUAUCGGUUUCACACAACGGAGAAUUGGAAGCAACUUGAAAGAUGCCGAACAUAAAGCUGCAGAGUUCGGAUGGCGAAGUAUUCGACGUGGAUGUUGAAAUUGCGAAAUGUUCAGUCACGAUAAAAACCAUGCUGGAGGACUUGGGAAUGGAUGAAGAUGAAGAUGAAAUUGUUCCUCUACCAAAUGUUAACUCUGCUAUCCUGAGAAAGGUCAUUCAAUGGGCCACGUAUCACAAAGAUGAUCCACCACCACCUGAAGAUGAUGAAAACAAGGAGAAGCGAACUGACGACAUCAGCUCUUGGGAUGCUGAUUUUUUGAAGGUUGAUCAAGGAACCUUAUUCGAACUGAUUUUGGCAGCAAAUUACUUGGACAUCAAAGGACUUCUAGAUGUAACGUGCAAGACUGUGGCAAACAUGAUAAAGGGAAAAACACCAGAAGAAAUCCGUAAGACGUUCAAUAUAAAGAACGAUUUUACAGCUUCAGAAGAGGAGCAGGUUCGCAAGGAGAAUGAAUGGUGCGAAGAGAAGUAGAAAGAAUCUGAGGAGGGAC